UGUUUCUAUACAGAAAUGGUGGAUCGAAGAGCUGAGGUUGUUGCAAGGUUGAAGGCACUAGAGGAGGCCGCUGCCCCAUUGGUUAAAUUUUUGCAGAAUGCAAAUGCAGUUCAAGAGUUAAGAGCUGACAAACAGCACAAUCUUCAAUUACUCAAUGAUCGAUAUCAGAUUGGUCCAGAGCAGAUAGAGGCAUUGUAUCAGUAUGCCAAAUUUCAGUUUGAAUGUGGUAAUUAUUCUGGUGCUGCUGAUUAUCUGUAUCAAUACCGGGCUCUUUGCACAAACAGUGAUGGGGUCUGCUUGGGCAAAAGAGUUGAAGAGGGCAAUUUUUCAACUGUGCCAUUGAGGGAUGAAUUCCUAGAAAAUGCUCGCCUUUUUAUCUUUGAGACCUACUGCCGCAUUCAUCAGCGCAUUGACAUGGGGGUUCUUGCUGAGAAACUAAAUUUGAAUUAUGAGGAUGCGGAGAGAUGGAUUGUGAAUCUUAUCAGGACUUCCAAGCUCGAUGCUAAGAUUGAUUCCGAAACUGGAAUUGUUAUAAUGGAACCUACUCAUCCCAAUGUUUAUGAGCAGCUAAUUGAUCAUACAAAAGGUCUUUCUGGACGUACAUACAAGUUGGUGAGUCAGCUUCUUGAGCAUGCCCAGUCACAAGCACAGCCGACCAGAUAGUUUCGGUAUUGAAGCCAAAGGAUUGUUU